AUGGAGGCAUUCUGGACAGCUCUUGAGGAGUGUAAUUUGGGGGACUUGGGGUACUCGGGUCCCAAAUUCACGUGGUCUAAUAAACGCCAAGAUGACACCUAUUCCCAAGAACGGCUCGAUCGGGCUGUUGGGAAUAGGGGGUGGUGUGAUAUGUACAAAUCGGCUAGGGUUCUUGUCAUGGCAGCAAGAGCGUCAGACCACAAUCCAAUUUUUGUUUCUUUUUCUAACAAACAACCAUGGUGUACAAAGGGUAGAAGAGGCUUCAAAUUUGAGGCAAGUUGGAUCCCUGACGAGGAAUGUGGGGCUAUCAUCAAUGAAUCUUGGGAGGGGGGCGAAACGGAUGGGGAGGCAAUGAAGAAAGUCCGAAGAGGAUUGGAACGAUGUAAGUCCCGAUUAAAAUGGUGGAGCCGGAAAAAAUUUGGGAAGAACGAAAAUUUGAUUAAAGAAAAGACCGAAGUGCUAGCCAAUCUACAAACCUUGGAAGGUCCCGAACACCAUGAGGCCAUUAAAAGGCUGCCAGCGGAAAUAGAAACCUUGCUGGAAUUUGAAGACAUGAGAUGGAAACAACGCGCAAAGCAAAAUUGGUAUCGGGAGGGGGAUAGAAACACACCAUUCUUUCAUGCUUGGGGAAGUCACAGGCGUAGGAUUAAUACUAUCAAGAAAGUUGUGGAUGUCAAGGGGCGUGAAUGGUUAAGGUGGAGGAGAUUAGCAAUGCUUUUGUGGCCUACUAUGAGAAAUUAUUCACCUCUGAAGGGACAGACGGAAAAGAGGCGUUUCUAG